UUGGCAGGGGCUCAGGAAUUCGAGAGAAAGAGAGAGAGGAGAGGAUGCGAGAGUAGCGCUGGGAGGGAGCGCACAAGAGAGAGAGGAAGGUACCACGCAGGAAGCCUGGGGGAGUGCGGAGGGAGAGUGCGGCGGAGGAGCACUAGAGGGGAGUGGACUGUACAUAGGCCGAAGGAAAGAGGCAAAAAGAAAACUUCGGAAAAGCGAUACAAAGGGACCAAAAGAGCUUUGUCUUCUGUCCUGAGGGAAACAUCAUGCUGUUCCUCUCCUGUGUGUUAUUCUUUCUCCUACUGGGUUCAUCCAGAGAACAAGAAAGCGAGGAACCUAACAGCUACACGGAAUGCACAGAUGGUUAUGAGUGGGAUCGUGAGAGACAGCACUGCAGAGACAUCAAUGAGUGUCAAACUAUCCCUGAUGCAUGUAAGGGUGAGCUGAAAUGCAUUAAUCAUUAUGGAGGUUAUUUGUGCCUUCCCCCCUCUGCAUCUGUGAUAAGUGACUCUCACACUGACCAUGGAACAUCUGAUUUUCAACCACCUGUGGAUCAUGGACUUGACCAGCGCCCCAACCCUUGCCCUAGUGGAUACCAGCUUGACCCACAUGGACAGGGCACCUGUGUGGAUUUUGAUGAGUGUGAAAAUGAGCGUCACGACUGCUUGCCAAGUCAGGAAUGCGUUAAUAUGCUUGGUAGCUACCACUGCAAGUGUCCAGACGGCUACAGGAAGAUUGGGAACGAGUGUGUAGACAUAGAUGAGUGCCGCUAUCGAUACUGCCAACAUCGAUGUGUUAACUACCCGGGUUCUUUUGCCUGUCAGUGUGAGCCUGGAUUUCAGCUGGCAGCAAAUAACCGCUCCUGUGUGGAUGUUAAUGAGUGCAACAUGGGCACUCCAUGCCAGCAAAGGUGUUAUAAUACCUAUGGGACAUUCCUGUGCCGGUGCAAUCAGGGCUACGAACUGAGUCAUGAUGGAUAUACCUGCACUGAUAUUGACGAGUGCAGUUAUUCCAGUUACCUUUGCCAGUACCAGUGUGUGAAUGAGCCCGGACGCUUCUCCUGUAGUUGCCCUGAAGGAUACCAGCUUUUAGGCACCCGACUGUGCCAAGAUAUCAAUGAGUGUGAACUUGGGACUCAUAGCUGCUCAGAACAGCAGACCUGUGUCAACUUCCAUGGGGGACACCAAUGUGUGGAAAAGAAUCGCUGCCAGGAGCCUUUUAUCCAAGUGUCUGAAAACCGCUGUAUAUGUCCUGGGACCAAUCCCCUCUGCCAUGAUGAACCAGGCUCUGUGGUGUAUAGAUACAUGAGCAUCACAUCAGACAGAAGCGUGCCCUCUGAAAUAUUCCAAAUACAGGCAACCAGCGUGUACCCUGGGGCUUAUAACACAUUCCAGAUCCGCUCAGGAAAUGAGGAGGGAGAGUUCUUUAUCAGGCAAAUCAACAACCUCACGGCUAUGCUAGUCCUGGCCCGUCCUGUCAUUGGCCCCAAAGAGUACGUACUGGAUCUGGAAAUGCUAACAAGCAACUCUCUGCUGAGUUACCGCUCCAGCUCUGUGCUCAGGCUCACCGUGUUCGUGGGAGCUCAUUCCUUCUAGAUCCAUGUAAAAUCACAACAGAAUUACUAUGUAUAAACUGUGCCUUUUUUUUACUUAUAUGUAUUUUUGUAUACUUUAUUUUAUUUCAGAAAGAGAUUAUGCAUGGUUUUAGUGUAAAGCUAAAAUCCAGACAUUCCUAGCAAAGAAUAUUCUGGCAAUGCUUUUGCUUGAGGGGCUUAGCAUUGUAGGUUAAAUCUAAACCUAGCGACAUCUUGCCGGCAAUGGGAUGACCAUGCUGGAUACAGAGUGUAUUUAGCCCCACCUCAUGCUAAUUAGUAUUAGGUGUAGCCUCAGUGAGUCCUAGGUUGGAUCUCAUGCAGAGCGACCUCUAACAGGGUUGAAUUGCUUCAGUUUCAGGACAGCCUCGGACAGUGUUGGGUUUCUAACUAUUGUAUGAUGACUUCCUGAUAGAAGUACCUUCCGCUAAAAACCCAAUAACAAGAAUAGGUGACCCACAGCACUACCGUGUGUUGUAGAACUACACCUUCCAGCCACCAGUGUGGUGAUGAAGGAUCCCUAUUCCUAAAUAUACCGUAUAUAUUCUACAGCGAGAAGAGAAAGUGUAUGCUAAACUUGCUCUUUGUGUAUCCGUGACAUAUCCAUAGUUGCCAAAAAAAAUGCAACCUUGGUGCCGGUCACAUUAAACUUUCUCUAUAAUGGAGAAUGGCGUGCCACCCCAUUCUAGACUUGCCAAUUCGGCACUCUAAUUAUUUACAUUCACAUUUCAUUUCAAGUGCCUAUUGUUAUUGACUUUAUUAACUGAGAGAGACAAGGCAUUGACAAAUGCUUUUUUGGUCAUACCAGUAAAACCCUUGCAGGAAGGUCAUUUUUAAUAAUCUGUAAAAUGUAAAUGGAUAUAAUUCCUGAGAAAGUCAAAACAAGUUCAUUUUUGGGCAACUUUGGGCACCGCUGUCCUAUGCUCCUCCUAAAGACAAUGUUUAUUGAAUCAUGUGGUGAUUCUCCAGUUUGACUUAUGUUGCCUAUUGCAUGUACUUAGCCGUAGGUUUACUUUGUGUGACAAUCUUAUUUCUACUGAAUAUACCAGAAAUGUACAGAGGACGUGUGUUGUGUCUGUGUACAGUGUCCUCACUGUUUAUUCUUACCUCAAUAACACACUGAUUUAGUGGUUGGGUUUCUGUUUAUAAUGGGUAAAUGAUGGGUUUCUGAUGAUUAUGCAGACUGUGUCAUGGUCAGAUAUUGCUGGGUGGUUUCCCUAUUCAUUUAGGGCAGUGUUGUCUAACAUGUGAAGAGCCAGCUAUUUGACUCUGCAAGUUCAUGAGGGCAGGAUUAUAAUUUAAUAAAAGUAGUCUAUGGAGCCCUGGAGCCAGCUGGAGGCCAUAAAAAUCCCUUGGAGGGCCAUCUGGCACACGGGCCUCAAGUUGCACAGUGAUUUUAGAUAAGUUUGUACAUUAUUAGGGGCAGGUGAAAGUGUUGGUUAAGGAUGGAAUUAUUUUACAUUCAGAGUGAAAGAAUACACAGCUGUUAAUAAUAUGACUGAGGAAUAAUAUUGUAUGAAUAUGCUACAGCCACUUAUUGCUAUGUUAUUUGUGUCCUUGUGAAUUACUCCUCUUUGUAAUAUUCUUACCAUUUGUUCUUUUACAUCAAUAAAGAGAAAAAUGAGGGGCAAAAAUAA